AUGGAACAUCCCAUCAUUAAGCGCCGGACACCCCCCGUACACGAAGAGCAAGGUGAGGGUUUAUUCUUCAAGCAGAAAUGGAGGACGGCUUCUCCCCUUUCUUCAGCAGUUCCCUUCUUCUCGUGGGAAAUUCUUCAAAUUGUGUUGAUUCACUGCAUUGCUGGCGUUUUUUUUGGAUACAAUAUUGGUUUUGUUGGACCGUAUUACACCUUUGUUAGGAUUCGUCAUGACUGUUCUCUUAACACGGGGGAUAAUGCAUGCGCUAGCUUUAAUUUUGGUCAAUGUGUCUGGCAUAAUGGGAACUGUGAGUUUGCUAAAUCAGCUUGCACAGAUUUGAUGCAGGCAGAAUGCAAUUCUGGUGUUCCUCAGAAGCAGAUUCAAUGUCAUUGGAACUUAAAAGUAGGUGAAUGUGAACCAUUGGUUGGAUACACCGCUGCAGAAAGCGGAGUUUUUGCCGCUAGCAUGAUUGUAGGUGGCUGCCUUGGUUCACUUGGUGCUGGAUUUUUGCUUACUGCAGCAGGACGAACAAGGACGUUUUUGAUUUAUGGUAUUGUAGCCUGCCUGACGGCUGUUAUUACGCAUGUAUCCACGUACACGGAACAGUAUCUCAUGGUUAUUAUUGGUCGUGUACUGGCAGGUGUUGUCUCUGGGAUUCUUUGUGUUGCCUCACCCAUGUACGUGGAGGAGAUAACACCGGUGUGCCAUCGACAACUCGUUGGCGUGUUCUUUCAGGUUGCAUGUACGUUUGGUAUUCUUCUAGCAGCCGCCGCAGGCUUAGUCUUAAACCCAGGGGAUUUUUCGACAGAUGUUCAUAUGCAAGCACGUCACCAAGGAUUAUGCGUACUGAACAGCCUCUUUAGUGGGUUGCUAGUGAUUGUGGGUCUCUUGAUGCGAGAAAGUCCUACCUGGGUGGAGCAGAUGAUUCAACAGAGAGGAGUAAGGGAGGAAAGGAAUUCUAUCGGUGCUUCGCUAAGAGGCAAGGUUGAGGAUACAGAUGAGGCUUGGGAAGGAACAAAUGAAGCUAACACUGUACGACCUUCUUGGAGUGUCUUGGCUCAAAUUGUUUUUGCUGCGUUUAUGCUGUGCAUUGCCCAACAGAUGACAGGAAUUAAUGCAAUCAUGAACUAUGCCCCUACAAUUACAGGUGCUUUGGGCUUUGCACCUCUUGCUGGUAACGUUCUUGUUAUGGCGUGGAAUUUUUUGUCUGUUCUCGUAUCUAUACCACUAUCCUUUAAAUACCGAGCAGAUCACACGUUUAACAUUGCACUGUGUUUUGCCUCAGCUUCGUGUUUACUGACAGGCAUAACGCUCCUUCCAGCUGUUGGUGCAUCCGUCACGGUAAAGCGGUUGCUCUCAGGUUUUGGGAUUGCCCUAUUCAUUUUAUGCUUUGAGGUCGGGAUGGGAAGUUUUUUUUGGACUCUUUCUCAGGGCAUUUUUCCGCCGUCAUUUCGUGCACGAGGAUCAAGCCUAACUGUACUUUUUCAAUUUGUUUUGAAUGCUCUCAUGAAUCUUGGUUUCCCUGUAGCAGUGGAGAAGAUCUCAGGUGGACCGUCUGGCGACCAGGAGAAAGGCAUGGGCGUUGUCUUCAUAGUAUUUGGGGGAAUGGGUUUUGCUUCCGCAGCGUGCCUUUUGAAGUAUUUGCGUUUGUGGGAUUUGGAGUAG